AUGAAUUUAAAUUUAAAUUUUCUGGGAAACGAUAUGGCUGACAAUUAGAUUCCCACUAUUCCAAUUUAACAGCAAUAGCAAAAUUAAUAGCACUCAAAUCAUAUGUUCAAUUAGCUUUCACACCCAAGCAAUUAAAAUUUUCAUGAGUAAUAUUAAAACUACAGUCCAGGCAAUCAUCAGUCUUUUAAUAUAAUUGAUUCAGAGGAUCCUAUGCCAAUGGACUAAUUUUUAUCGCAGCAACACAACUCGAGCAGCUCAUAAAUUAGUUAGUCUGAGAGUAGUGAACAUGAAUUAUCAACUGAUAGUCUUAUUUAAAGUUUAUAGGAAGGAUUGAUGUUAGCCUCUAAAUCUGCAGUGGAUUAUUCUAUGAAUUAUUCCAAUAGUUUAGGUGGAAGAACACAUUCCUUGACAUAAAAAAAUAAUUGCCUCACUACAAAGACCUUUAACAAGCAGUUGCAGAGCCAUCAAGUAACGAAUGAAGACGAAAUUACUUAUUUAAAUAAGAGAAGCUAAUAUGUUUUAGAUUAAUUAGCUGAAAUAGCUGAAGAGUAAGAGAAUACUUUUCAAAAUUUAUAAGAAAGGAACUUGUAGUAUUUAAAGCAGAUAGCAUUUGAAAAAAUAGAAUUGUAUAAAGUAGAGUUUAGUAAGGUAUUAUAAGAAUGUGAAUAGUAUCGUUAAGAGUCUCAGGAUAUCAAAGAGAAAUUUGAUGAGCAUUUGCUAUCAUGCGAAGGUGCUUAGCCAAAUAGAGAGGAAGAGUUUAAUGUAUUAAUGUCAAAUUUAUAAAAAAAGGAAGAGGAGAUUGAAUUUGUGAAAAAGCAUAUCGAAGUUAAAUAUUCGUUAGAUUUUAUCAUAGAAAAUGUAGAAAAGGAAUUUAUUAGAAAAUAAUUUAGUGAGGAAAUAUAAAGGCUAGAGGAAAUUAAUUUAGAAUUAGAGAACAAAUGUGAAAUAUUUUUGGAGGAAAAAAAGCUCUCGGAAAAUAAAUUUAAUUAGGAAUUGACUGUUUUAAAGCUGAAAAUAGAGGAUUUAGAGAAAAUAAACUAGAAAAAAUCUGAAGAAAAUGUUUAAAUUUUAAGUGAAUUCGAUAAUUGUAAAUAAGAACUUAUCAAAGCUGAGUCUGAGAUAGAAAGGAUAAAAUAAACAUCUUUAGAAUUGAAUUCUAAAAUAUCUAGUUUGGAAAGUACAAAUAGCUUGCUAAAUGCCCAAAUUGAAAAAAUAGCUAAAUAGCUUAAGGAAAAGGAAUCAAUUAUAACACAAUUUGAUAAGGAUCGUCUCGAUUAAACGAAUUUGUUAUAAAAAUUAUAAGAGGAAUUAGCUUUGAAAAAUGACACUUUGGAGAGAUUCCAGGUAAAAUCUGAUGAUCUAAAUCAAAAUAAUAAAAAUUAAUCUCAGUAUUUAAAUGGAGAACACAAUCAACAUAAAACAGAUACAAUUAAAUAUGAAGAAGAAGUAAAUAAGCUUAAACUUGAGUUAGAAGAUAAAAACAAUUAAAUCAAAAAGCUAAAGCAAACUAUUUUGAUAAAAGAUAGAAUGCAAAAGUAAACUCUUAAUGGAUCACUAACUGGUUCAGGCAUUAAGAAAUCUCAAACUCCUACUCUUCUUAAUCACCAAACUUCUGUUAAUGAUCAAAGUCUGCUAUCAACUAUAAACAACAACCACAAUCAAUCAUUUUAACAUUAAGACACACAAAAGAUUUCAUCAAAGGAAAUUUAAGAGUAAUGCCUAAAUAGUGUAUAAAAAAAUUAAACAGACAAAGAAUUAUGCAGUGACGAAAUGUCAAAGAGAAAAGCAUUAAAAAAGAUAGUUGGAGACGAAAGUAUUUAAGAUUAAAGCAAACACCAAUACUUAAUGCAAGAAUAAAAUAAGACUGGAUAAGAGCAAUUUGAAAAUGAAAAAAUCACUACCUAAGUAAGUUAAAGAGGAAACAAUCAUGAGGUUACCUAGAUAAGCAAUAUAGAUGGAAACACUCAAGACGUAAAUGAUAUUUCAGAUAUGAUCAUAUGCAAUACAAAUCAUUAAAGACUACAAAAAAAGAAGCACAAAAGCAUAGAUAGCACUUAGAGAGAAAGUUUAGGGAAAAAAUUAUUAAUAAAUCACUCAUUUAAGAAUGGAUUCUUAACUUAAAAGCAAAGCAUAAUUAAUGAUGGACAAUGCAAUCAAAGCCUUAAUAUAAACGACACUAUUGUAAAUAAUGGAUCUAUGAUGCUCUCUAUGCAAUAAUCCAAUAUCAUGCAAUAAGAAGAAGUCAAUUAGUCUCAAUAGCAAAUGGAUACCCAAAUAACAUCCAAGGCCAGAAGAGCCCAAAGUAUGAACUCAGAGUCCUUCAGCUAAAUGUUUAACCAAGAUGAAAAUACUUUCAAAGAAUUGAAGGUCAAUUUGAGAAAAAAGAGAGAAAAACAAGAAGAGUUAAAGCUUAUUCUUGAAAAUUUCAAAAAAGAAUUUAAACAAACUAACCAAAGAGAUCCUGUUGGCAAAGACUGGUAACCAUACAGCAGCGUACUGACUGAAUAUAAAAAUUUAAAAAAUGAAAUCUUAGAAAUCAGAUAAAAGUUGAUAGAUAUCAAGGAUAAAAAAGAUUCAAACAUGAGCAUUAGUCACUUGGCUGAUUAUUCUAUGAUUAAGAACACUGAUGAUUCUAGAUGUGCUGAUAAUUCAAUGAUAAAUAAUCUUUCAAUAAUAAGAGCUACUGCUCCUCAUUAAAAGCUCAUUUAAUACAAAUAAAAACAAAUCCUCAAUUAAAGUCACAUGAGCCAAAACUCAUUCUACAUAGAUUAAAAUUAAACUUCAUUAAAUUCCAUUUCCGUUUAGCUUGGUGAUUACCAAGGAUUCGUCUCUACAGCAGCUUCCCAUUCAUCUAAAUAAGCUGAGGGUGAGUUCAACAAAGGUCUGCGUUUGUAAGUUUCUAAUCUAGAAGAAGCAAAUAAGCUACUCAAAGACCAAGUAUUUAAGUCACUUGAAUAUGAAAAGGAAUUAAGAAAUAAAGGCGAAACAAUUGAGCAACUUUAAAAUGAAAUAAAAGAUAUUACAAAGAAGAAAGAUGAAGAAAUUAAAGAAUUGAAGGACACUGUUGAUAUACUCACUAAUAAGCUUGAUGAAGAAACUAAAGAGAGAAAAAUUUUGCAUAACAUAGUAGAAGAUAUGAAGGGUAAAAUUAGAGUUUUUUGUAGAGUAAGACCUCCCAAUGAGAAUGAAGUCCAGAUGAACUCUCAAAAUGUCGUUGAAGUUUUAGACGCUAUGAACUGCAAACUCUAAGCAAAAAAUGGUCCUAAGAAAUUUUAAUUCGAUUCUUGUUUUGGAUUCAGCUCACGCUAGGAUGAUAUUUUCAAUGAUGCUAAAAAGUUGAUUCAAAGUGCUGUUGAUGGUUAUAAUGUUUGUAUUUUCGCUUACGGACAAACAGGUUCAGGUAAAUCCUUUACUAUGUAAGGAACUAGAGAAAUGCCAGGUAUUACACCUAGAUCAGUAAACGAACUGUUUAAUCUCUUGAAACCAAUCUAAAAGACUUGCAAAGUAACCAUCUCUGCAUAUAUUAUGGAAUUAUAUAUGGACAAUCUGAUUGAUUUACUAGCUCCACCUAAUUCUAUAAUGCAAAAAAAACUAGAAAUAAAAGAAGAUUACAUAACUAAUACUACAUAUGUCCAAAACGCAACAAUAGCUGAAGUUACCAAGAAAGAAGAAUUAGAAUAAAUUAUUUAGAAAGGAAUUCUCAAUAGAAAAAUCAGCAAGACAGAUAUGAAUGUUGAAUCUUCCAGAUCACAUUUGAUUAUCACAAUAUUAAUUAACAUAUUCAAUCCUUAAACAGAAACUACAACUCAUGGUAAAAUUAGUCUGAUUGAUUUGGCAGGCAGUGAAAGAAUUCUGAAAUCUGGAGCUAAUCCUCAUCAAGUUAAAGAAGCUAAUUCGAUUAAUAAAAGUUUAACUGCCUUAGGAGACGUCAUUUCAGCUUUAACAAACUAGCAGUAAAACGGAGGAGAAAGACAUAUCCCUUACAGAAAUAACAAGCUUACAUAUUUAAUGAAAGAUUCUCUUGGAGGAAAUGCAAAAACUUUGAUGAUUGUUAAUGUAAGUCCAAGCGAAUACAAUUUAGAAGAAACAAACAGUAGCUUGUAAUAUGCCAGUAGAGUAAAGACUAUUGUAAAUGAAACAAGCAAAAAUAUAGAAACAAAGGACUACACAAGACUUAAAGAAAAAUUUUAAUAAAUCCUAUAAGAAAAUGAGAAACUCCAAGAGCUCAUUUCUGAUUAAAAUAGAAAUCCUAACCAACAAUCAAGCCAACCAAAUCUCUCAGUUAUUUAAUAAGUUCCACAAUAACAAAUUCAACCUAAUAAAUAAACAUAAAUUUACUCUUUCGGUUAGUAAAAGCCUUCAUUAGCAGAAGACUAAAUCUCAAGUUAAUUAAAUUAAUAGCAAAUUCCAAUUAUAUCCUAAUAGUAGUAAAAGCUAGCGCCUAUUUAGCCACAUUAACAAUAAGCACAAAAACCAAGCUUAUUGGCAAGUGGUAGAAAUUCUAACAACUCCUCACAAAAUCAACAAUAAAUAAAUUAAAUUCUUUACAACUAGUAACAGCAGUAGUAAUAACAAUAACAAAUUUCUUCUUAACAUAAAAGAAGUAAUUCUCCUUUGAUUGUUAAUUAGAAUCAAUAGGGCUAAUAAUAAAAUGUAUUUUCUGCUCCUCAUAUCCAAUUGACUUCAUAGUAAUUAUAUGGUAGUAUGAAAAGUUCUUCAGUAACUCCACUUUAAAACAACAUUAAUAUUAAUAAUAUCUAGAAAGUAAAUUAACAGCAAUAAUAAUUAUAAAACUAGCUAAAUAGAAUUAAUUGA